CACCAUGCUCAGGCUUCCUCUCCGGCGCCCUCCCAUCCGCCUAUGCUCCCCGCCCCCUCGGAGUAUCCAGUUCCAGAUUCGCUACGCCCAUGCUGAACCGGGUGACCCUGCGUACAAACCACUGCCCGGCGCCUCCGUAGAGUUGAUCAAGUACCGCGCGACUCUCGUAGGCAUAUGGUUUGCCAUGGUCGGGCUUGGGGCGGUCACGUACUUCUUCCUUCCGGACAGGUCCAAGGCUGCUCCUGACCGCCGUGACGUACUCUUGUCGCCGCGACGCUUCGCCCCCGCGACACUAACCUACAUUAAAGAGUGCCCGGAUCCAGACACGCGCCUCAUCACAUUGACCUUGCCUCCUCAGGCUGUCCCGAACGGCGACGACUCCAUCUACAACCCCAUCUGGUCUGUGUAUAUCAAGGACGAUGACAUCCAGGUCGAGCGUCCGUACACGCCGCUGGAGGGCGUCGAUGAGCGGGGCCGGAUGAAGUUCUGGAUCAAGAAGUACGACAAGGGUGAGGUCGGGCGGUGGCUGCACUCGAAGAAGAUGGGGAACAGGAUUGAGCUGAGAGGGCCCUUGAGCACAUGGCUAUGGGAUGAUAACAAAUGGGACGAGGUCGUCAUGAUCUCAGGAGGAACGGGCAUAACACCGUUCUACCAGCUGCUGCACGCGAAGCUGCUCAAGGACCCCUCAAAAGUACCAACAAAGACUCGCUUUACAUUACUCCAUGCGUCGCGCAAGCCGGUCGAACUCCCGCCGCCGGAUAUACUCGACCCUCUACUCUCUGCGAGCAAGGCGCACCCGGACCGACUGCGACUAUCCCUUUUCGUCGACUCCUCCGAGGGACCUACGCAUCCGUCCGUUGGUUCGAAUGACGUCCAAGUGGGGAGGAUCAACGACCUCGCGAUAGCACGCGCCGUCGGUUCCGACAACAGUUCCUGGUGGCGAUCCCUGCUGGGGAUCGGCUCUCGGCCGGAUUCGCGGGACCUCAGCGACAAGAAAAUCCUCUUCCUGCUCUGUGGGCCCGAACCAAUGAUUACGGCAAUUGCGGGGCCGUAUGGUCGGAACUUCUCGCAGGGCGCUGUCGGAGGUGUGCUGGGCGAGCUGGGAUAUAAGGGCCACCAAGUGUGGAAGAUGUAGAGUUAUCACGCUGGGGUUUGCGAAGUGCUCAGUCCGAGAACGUUUGGUCAUGUCGAGCGUCGACCGCGAGGCUGGCCUUGCUUUCAUUAGACUUUAACAUUCUGGUAUGAGUAUGGAAUCACGCACAAGGAGCAUCGCCUCUCUGUACGCUAAGUCUGACGGUACGUUGCAUCAGCAUCGUCCACCGGGUGUAUAGCAAGAGGCAGCCAAGGCAGUCUUUCGCCAGGCGCAGCCACCCGGGGAGCCGGAGCGCGGGGAUGCGUGACCCCGAUGACGUGACGUCGCGCCGCGGGUGACCGAUCCAAUGAGUCGAUCGUCCAGGAUUAUUUGACUGUUUCCCGACUGAGUA